AUGGAUGUCGUCAAUCGACAAGAAAGACGGGCGGGCACAACGGUUAACACUACCAUCGGGUGGAGUAGUAGUGAGUUGCUUGCAAGGAUCAUGUGCAUAGCACCAUCUUCCAUUACCCGUCAUCCACCUACGCUAGCAAGAAAAACGGAAAUUAAGGAGAUCCAUUCCCACACCUGCGAUUCGAUAGAAAAUCCAGAAAACCGGCACUUCGCAUGCGAAUCAGGAUUUCUACAUGUUCAUGCCUUAGCCAUGAUCCAGAUGGUGCGCUCCAGCCUUGUAGAAACCCCUGUUUAGCUGCAUAGGGGGCUUUACCCGAGAUUACCAUUAUGGGAAUCCUUGCAAUACUCCAUGUGCAUGAUUGCCGUGCCCGCUGAUUUGCAACGGGAUUCCAUCGCUUUAAACGGUACGUGGGUCGUAGUUUGCUGAUACUUGUACGGCUGCCUCGCUCGUUAAUAUUGCCAUUGUUGUUGCUGUCGUCGCCGCUCACGCCAACAUGUCGUUCUCUAUCCGCCUACUGCUCAUCAGCAUUUUCCUUACUUUCGCUACACUCAUUUCUGCGCAGUCGUCAUCGGGCGUUCCUUCGACCCCGGCACCUACAAGCAGCACCCCACCGCAGGGUAACGGAACUACUACAAGACCGCCAGAGGUUGCGCCUACUGGAUCUUCGCCCCCGGAUGUGCUUCUCCGCGUCCCUGAACUGCACGUUGGAAGGAUUGAACUAGGUGUCGAGAAGCUUCAGGCAGAUCUUAACCUUAACGCCAAGGUCGCCGGUCUUGUCCAGAUCAAUGCUGGUGUCCAGGUCGCCGUGGAGAAGGUCAACAUCACUAUUGCUGAUGUAGAUGUUGAACUCGAGUUGAUUGUACGAUUGGGCAACCUGGUCUCUAUCGUUGAGCGUGUCUUUGACUCUUUGGACCUGAACCCUCUCUUGAUCGGUUUGAUCGGAAACGUCACCAACUUGGUCGGAGAAGUGAUCGGGGCAGUUGACGGCCUUCUUGGAUCGAUUACGCAAAACGGAAAGACGCUCAACUUCUUGGUCGACAACCUUGGAAACAUCGUCCAAGAGGUCGUGGGAAGUGGCGGAGACGCUCUUCAGCAGAUUGUUGGAAACUUCAAGCUCAACAUGACCGAAGUCGCUGGAAGCGCAAAGCAGGUUGGCCAGGGAAUGACACAGAAGACCUUCAACUACGAGCCUCUCAAUGCGCUCGUCGACAUCGUGACCAACACCGCUGGUCAAGUCGUAUCCGCGGUUGUGCAGAAGAAGAACAGUGGUGGUGGCAGUGGCGGCGGCUCAUCGUCAACAGCUUCAGCUUCCGGUACUCCCAUGCCGGUUAGCCUGCCUGUCGCCUCAGCUACUAGCUCUGCGUAGGCGUAUAUAGUGUCGCGAUAAUGGCAGAAUCUAAUGCAUUCAUAAUAUCGUUCAUACGGGGUUUGUGGUGCGAUGUGUAGUUGUGGAGAGUGAUUAAUGAAG